AUGAGAAACAAAACUGUGUAAAAACCGUUCCACCUCACAUAAUUCACUUUGAACUUCAACCCUAUUUUCUUUUUUGUCUAUGGCUUCAAUGGAUUGUGGCUUUGUUGAUUGCCAUUGCCACAUCACAGCCUGUGAAUUUGCCGAGGAUUUAGAGGAUGUGAUCAAGAGGACCAGAGAGUCUACAUCAGAUGUUGUGCCAUUUCAGGCUGGAGUCAAAACACUUAUUUCUGUCACAGAAGAGGCCAGUGAGUUUGAAAGAGUUAUCCAGCUGUUUAAAGGCUACCCAGAUCUAGUUGCACCAUGUUUUGGAAUCCACCCAGUCCAAGGCUGUGGGUCCCAGGACCAGCGCAGCGUGAAGAUUCAGGACUUGGAGCCUGCCUUGCCCUUGUUCCAGAAGUACAGAGAUGACAUUGUUGCAGUUGGAGAGAUUGGUCUUGACUUCACCCCUUGGUAUGCCCCCACUUCACAGGAGAGAGAGGAACAGUUGACUGUUUUCACCAAGCAAUUACAAAUAUCCAAGGAUCUGGAUUUGCCAGUGAACAUCCAUUCCCGAUCAGCUGCAAAGAUCACCAUAGCUACUCUGAAAGAACAGGGUAUCACCUGUGCUUUGCUGCACAACUUUGCAGGGAAACCAUCAGUGGCCAUGGAAGGAGUGCAGGCAGGGUACUUCUUCUCCUUCCCUCCGGCUGUCUGCAGGAAUGAACAGAAAGCCAAGCUGAUCAAACAGAUUCCAUUAGAACACAUCUGUCUGGAGACAGACUCUCCUGCCUUGGGACCAGAAAAAUAUGUAAGGAAUGAACCCAAGAACAUAUCACUGGUCUGUGAGUACAUUGCCCAUGUCAAAGGAAUCACACCUGAAAUGGUAAUUCAUGCCACUACAGAUAAUGCCCUCAGAUUGUUCACAAAAAUUAAGAGACUUGAGUGACAGGUUUUGUAAUUAAAUUCAUCUUGUGUUAUCUCAUGCUGUGUCUCUGAAAAUGAAAUGGAAUUGUGAAUCUAACUGUAAGUCACUCUGGAUAAGAGCGUCUGCUAAAUGACUAAAAUGUAAAUGUAAAAAUGUGAAAUAAAAUGCUC